AUGCUAGGAAACCAGCCACAAGAGCUCGUAUAUUCUACGAUAGAGAAUUUUGAAACCGAGCCAGACAUAACAAGUCUAGCGAGGAUAUCAGAGACAAUGAACAAGACUGAGGAGAAAAGAAGAGCCAAACUCACCCGCCUACAAAGCGGGAUCACAAAGCUCGAGGAGCAAUUGGCAGAGGUGAAAGGUAAGCUAGAAAGUCUAAACCAACCAAGUGAAGCAUUGAAGGAACAAAUUGGCAAUCUCGGGAAAAACCCACUCGACCCAAGUGAAAGCACCUUCCAAUUAAUUAACUCCAAAUCAGGGGAGCUCGACUCGAUGAAGGUAGCCCUAGCAAAGCAACUCACGGACGUUGAGUCACAAAUCAAUCAAAUACACAUGGCAAAGAUGAAUCUUACGAAACAAAAGGAGGAGCUACUACAGCAGAAAGAGCAGGCUCUUGCGGUGUCCGUUGCAGAGAAUCACAAUUCGUCGAGCAUGAAAAUAAGUUUAUUUAGAAGCCUCGGUGUUCAUGUUGGAACAGCAGAGAAAAGCGACAAGAUUGUGAUUUUCGACGAGAAGAAGAACCAGACAUCUGUGCUAGAUGUGGAUGAAAAGUACUCGGACUACUUUAUCUCCAACUAUAUUUGGGAACGGCUUGGAACGUAA